AUGAGCCAAACGACCAUCCCUUAUUCAGGCGCCAAGACCUUACCCACUAAACACAGCUUAUCCCUCGCCACGAGGGACAAACGCUCAGUCCAAACCCUGACACGGCUUAACACAGGUGCCUCAAUUCCCGCCAUUGGCUUCGGAACGUUUCAGGAUCCAGAUGCCCAGGAGGAAGCCGUAUCGCGAGCUCUCAAAGCUGGCCUGCGCCUCAUCGACACUGCACGGGUGUACGAUGUGGAAAAGCAGGUUGGAAGAGGUAUCAAGAAAAGUGGGAUUUCACGCGAAGACAUCUUCCUCGGAACAAAGCUGUGGUGCAAUGAUUUUCAUCCCGAUGAUGUAGAAAGGACUCUGGAUGCAUCACUGACGGAUCUUGAUACGCCGUAUGUCGACCUUCUCAUGAUGCACUACCCCUGUACUUUCGCGAGGGGCGAAGAGCGGUUUCCCAGAGACGCCAACGGUAAAAUGAUCCAUGGCAAAACGACGUUUGUGGAUACUUGGAAGGCUAUGGAGAAGCUUGUCAAGACAGGCAAGACAAGAGCUAUUGGCGUCUCCAACUUUAGCAAAGCAGAGCUUGAGACAAUCAUUGGAGAGUGCUCGGUUGUGCCGGCUGUUCACCAAAUGGAGGUCCAUCCUUACCUGCAGCAGAAGAGUUUCAACCAGUGGCUUCGCUCGCAGGGUAUUCAUGUCGUGCAGUUCAGUCCUCUGGGUAACAUGAAUGACUUCUAUCGCGCCACGGGAUGGAGUAAGGAAGUCUCUCACAUGAAGAGGGUCAUUGAUCAGCCUCUUCUCCAGGACCUUGGGCGCAAGUACGGCAAGAGCGCAGUCCAAAUCGUGUUGGCGUGGGGUGUUAGCAACGGACGCUCCGUUAUUCCGAAGAGCACCAUCGACUGGCAGAUCAAGGAAAAUGUCGAGGCUGACUUCCAGCUGGACGCCGAGGACAUCAAGGCGAUUGAGGAGCUGGAUAUCAAGGCGCGGUUCAAUGACCCUAGUCUCGACUACCAGUGGAGGCUGUACGCGGACCUUGAAGGCAUUGAGGGAACAAAGGACGGGCGAACUCAUUGA